AUGCCAUCAAUCACUGGGACCCCGCAAAAAAGCAAGAGUCUCUUGGAGCUCCUCCCUGGGAAUCUUCCCCAGGCCAAGGUGCCCCCCAGCACCAACUUGGAGGCAGCUGCGGACCAAGUUCUCAAGUCGUUCCCCCGCCUUAAGAAACGCCACUUUACACAAGACGCCAUCUGGCGUGACACGUAUGCCUUGACAGGAACUAUCCGUACGUUCUACUUUGAUGAAGCCGUGGUAACUGAAUGGUCUACUCUCAGCCAUAGCCACGGUGUCUCCUCUGUUUCUCUUGUGCCUGGUUCUGCAAAGGUCAUCAGUCUCGAGGGAGGUGUGGAAUGGGUUGACUGCAAGUUCACCUUCCAUACAAACACACCGGAAACUGAAUGUUCUGGCAUGCUCUCACUCAUUCCAUCACCAGAUGGGUCAUGGAAGAUCUGGGUUCUUCGUACUAUUCUUGAGCAGCUUAGCAACCAUGGGAAUGUAGAUUCAAUGGAACCUGUUAAUGUCUUACUCAACGGUAACGGCGCAACUGGGAGGCACCCCUAUUCAACCGGCACAUCCAAUCAAGAUGGUUCGCAAAAUGGAAUUCCCAAUGGCACUACUACGGACCAAAGUCAUCACCAUUUUGACGCCGUGAUCAUUGGGGGUGGGCAGAGUGGUCUUAGCACUGGGGGGCGUUUGCAAGCUCUCGGAGUAUCCUAUGUUAUCAUUGAGAAAAACGCCCAGGUUGGUGAUGCCUGGGGUUUAAGAUAUGAGUCAGCGCGUUCCCACCUGCCUUUUGAUAGGACCUUUGGAUCCGAGUAUGGCGAAUACCUAGGUAAAGAUGAGCUGGCUAGUGGACAUAAUAAGUGGGCCGAGAAAUAUGGCAUCAAUAUCUGGCUUUCAACAAACGUAACAUCAGGCUCCUGGGACGAGGACACCAGAACUUAUACUCUUGAUAUCGUCAAGGAAGGACAUCUCAUGCAGCUUUCAACCCGACAUGUCGUAAUAGCAACAGGCGCAGGGUCGCAGACCCCCGUCUUUCCAAACAUCUCCAAUAAAGAAUCCUUCAAGGGAGUUUUGUUGCAUUCUGUCGACUACUCAGCCGCACAGGCCUGGGCUGGAAAGACUGGCAUUGUAAUUGGCACUGGGAAUACGGCACACGAUGUUGCCGAUGAUAUGUACGAAGUCGGUAUGAAUGUCACGAUGGUUCAGAGGAGUCGUACUUUUAUAUACAAUGCCCAAAUUCCCACCGAAGUCAGCGACAGAGCGAUGUUUACCCAGCCAGUAUCAAUUGCUCGUCUACUUUCUUCCAAAACAUUCCAUUCCAUGGCCCGGUCACAACCAGAGAGAUACGAAGCCCUUGAGCGUGCUGGCUUUCGAGUUGAUCCUUUUGGAGAUAUUCAAGAUGCAAUUAACAUCCGUCUGGGCGGACACUACAUCGACGUCGGGACAUCCGCCAAGAUCGGAAAAGGCUUGAUCAAGGUUAAAUCUGAUGCCGCCGCACACAGGUUUACAGAGCAUGGGGUGGCCUUCGCAGAUGGGACCGAGAUCAAGGCCGAUGUGAUCGUCCUUGCCACUGGUUUCGUGGGUAACCUCCGACAGCAUGUGGACAAGAUCUUUGGCUCAGCUACUGCAAAGAAAGCUGGAGACUGUUUCGGCUUGAACAGUGAGGGCGAAGUUCUUGGAGCAUUUAAACCAUUGGAACAACCCGGUUUAUGGUACAUCGGCGGUGCCCUUGGACACGCUAGAUACUAUUCUCGCUUUAUUGCAUUAUCUAUCAAGGCUGAUAUUGUGGGGCAACUAUUGCCUGUUUACCGAGAGCACAUGUUUAGGAUUGAGUAA